CCCCCCGAAACGCCUUUUUCCUCACAUUUCCCAUCUCCUUUUCCAAGAAGCGAAGCCCGAAAAGUCCAAUCCCCGUUCUUCCAAACCCUGCAAUUCAGGAAAAGAAACCCCUUUUUGAUCUCUCUCCAUCUGCUCCGAUGGUCGGUUCGGAGGGGAUGAAUUCUUGAAAAACAAGGAGGAACGAUCGUCUCCUUUCUUGGGGGCUGGGGAUUGGGGGAGGAAUGGGGGCGCAGCACAACUCCAGGACGAACCCGGAAUGGGAGACCCAUGUGAUCCUGAACGUGUACGAUCUCACCCCCGCGAACAGCUACACCGCCUGGUGCGGCCUGGGCAUCUUCCAUUCCGGCAUUCAAGUGCAUGGUAAGGAAUAUGGCUUUGGAGCGCACGACUUUCCAGCUAGUGGAGUAUUCGAAGUGGAACCGCAGAGCUGCCCGGGAUUUAUAUUCCGGUGCUCUAUUUCACUGGGCCACAUAAAUAUGCCUCCCUCGGACUUCCGGCUCUUCAUCGAGCAUAUGGCUUCUGAAUAUCAUGGGGAUACAUAUCAUCUCAUAUCCAAGAAUUGCAACCACUUUACUAGUGAUGUUGCUUAUAGAUUGACAGGGAAAACAAUCCCAGGGUGGGUGAACAGGUUGGCUCGGCUAGGUUCUCUGUGUAGUUGCAUUCUUCCAGAAAGCCUUCAAGUAACUACUGUUAAGCCAGAGUAUCAUGACUUCUCCGAGGAAGAUGGUGCUGAAUCUGUGUCGACUGUGACUACCGAGAUAGAUGACGCCGAGCAAGAGAAGCACUUGUUGUCGCCUCAGGAAUCAGCUGGAGAAGUGGCUUUUAUUAAAGAGCCAGAGAAAAAUUGAACUUAGGUAGAAAACAAGUUGCUGCACAACUUGCUGCAACAGGAAGUGUCGUUUGCCCAUCAUUGCAUUUUCCCCUAUCUCCAAGUCCAUGCAUGAUCACCGCAGUUCAAACGAUGUAACUGUUCCUUUGUGAAUCCUCAUCAUUCUUUUCCUGUAUUGUGGUGCUUUUCGAUGUAAUAUCUUUGUACUCCAUAUUAUACAUGGGAUGAGCGAGUCUGCUGUAAAUGAGUGUUCAUUUGACCGUUUGCACUUUACAUCUUCUCCGUCUUGUUCUCACUGAGACUUGAAAGUACCUGAGUCACUAUUAGAA